ACUGCUGUGCGCAAACGCGUCUAUUUUUCACUAUUCGGGAACGUAUCUUGGCAAAUACCAACUAGAAUUGUAUAAUAUUUCGGGAAUCAAUGAGCAUUAUGGCCGAUCCAAUUCAUUCACACUUCUUUUGCUUUCAAAUCUCGCAUGGAAUCAUGUCGUUCGGCACAGCACAUGAAAGACAGGCCGGAAGUAUCCUUACUUCGUCAACUUAUAUAUUGAUAUAGUAUUUUCUACUCCAAUAUUCAUUAUCUUUAUCACUCUUCAUCUUCUCAACUUGAUUCACGUUUUCAUUCACAUAUACCGUGAGAGUUGUGGGAACCCAACAAUGUCUUCAAGUACAGCAGAAACUGCUUCCCAACCGGGUAGAAACCCCACACUUGCCUCAACUUCAUCCUUAGAUGACAAACCUGUGAGACUCGAAGGAUCAGAUGGGGAUGCCUUUACAACAGAUUCUGAGAAGGGUCCAAUAUUCAGCAGCCCAACCCCUGAGCCGGGGCACGUGAGAACUGUUACUGGUUGGAAAUGGAUUCUCGUUUGUGUUGGUUUCUAUGUCGCUACCUUCUUGUAUGGCUUGGACAAUACUAUUGCCGCUGAUAUUCAAUCCGCUGUACUCAGAACUUAUGGCGAUAUUUCAAAGUUAUCUUGGUUGGGUACUGGUUUCCCGCUAGGGUCCAUUGCUACGAUUCUUACUAUGUGAGUAUGACAUCCUUCGAUGAAUAUGUAGAUGCUAAUUAUAUUCUUAGUGGUAAAGCUUAUAGUACUUUCAAUGUCAAGUGGACCCAUAUCAUUUCAGUCGUCAUCUUCAUCGUUGGUAGUGCUGUAUGCGGUGCUGCUCCAAACAUGAAUGCACUCAUUGUUGGAAGAGUGAUUGCUGGUGUAGGAGGAGCUGGCAUGUACCUCGGAACCUUGAAUUUGGUCACCAUCAAUACUACCAUUCAAGAACGUCCUCUUUAUCUUGGGGGUGUUGGUAUUAGUUGGGGUCUUGGAACGAUUCUUGGCCCUGUGAUUGGAGGAGCUUUUGCAGAUUCAGGAGCAACUUGGAGAUGGGUAAGUAUCCUGCUAAAAAGUCAACUCACAAAUACUAACAGGCUGAUAAGGCUUUCUAUAUCAAUCUCGUCAUCUUUGGUAUCGCAGUGCCGGCUCUUCUCCUGAUCCCAUCAUUCGAUCCACAGCCUGACCUGGACAUAUUCCACAAAGUCAAGCAUAUUGACUGGAUUGGAGCUCUAUUGAACGCUGGUCUCUUUACCUCAUUCGUCAUUGCUCUUACCUUUGGUGGUGCCAACUGGGCCUGGAAUGAUGGUCGGACCAUUGGUACAUUCGUCGCCUGUGGUGUCAUCUUCAUCCUUUUUGCAAUCCAACAACAAUUUUGCAUUUUCACCACACCCGAGGAUCGACUAUUCCCAGUCCAAUUCCUCAAAUCACGAACUAUGAUUCUCCUGUUCAUCUGUACCGCAGCAGCAGGAACAGCACUCUUCGUUCCUAUCUUUUAUAUUCCCCUCUUCUUCCAAUUCUCCAAAGGAGAUGAUGGUAUUGAAGCCGCUGUCAGACUCCUGCCACUUAUCGUCCUCUAUAUUGUAACCGUCAUGUCACAAGGAAUACUCAUGCCCAAAGUAGGCUAUUACUGGCCGUUCUUCGUUCUCUGGGGCAUGUUUGCUCUCAGUGGAGGUGCCGCAAUGACCACAGUCACCACCUCCACAAACGCAGGUUCCAUCUACGGUUGGAGUAUCCUCAUCGCCAUUGGUUGCGGUAUGAUCACCCAAGCCUCAUACAGUAUCGCACCCGCUAUCCUCGGCCGUGAUGAUCGUGGCCAAGAAGUCCCUGACUCCAUUGGAUAUAUCAAUGUAGCUCAAAUCGGUGGUGUAGUCAUCGGUCUCACGGUCUCUGGUACAGUAUUUCAGAGUACGGCAUUUAGAAAUGUUAAUGCGGCAUUCGAAGGCCAGCACUUCUCGGCAGACCAAAUCAGAAGUGCAAUUGCCGGAUCCCAAAGUGCACUAUUUCAAAGUGUGUCGCAGGAACUGAGGGAUAAGGCGAUUGAGGGUAUUGUGCAGGCGAUCGAUCAAACUUAUUAUUUGGUAGUGGCUGGUGCGGCUUUGACAUUAGUGUUGAGCUUCCUGUUGAAGAGAGAAAAGUUAUUUAUGAAGAUGGCGGCUGUAGGAGGAUAGAUGACGGGAUAGACCAAGAAAUAUCUGGAUAAGGUGGGUGGGAAUCUGGUUAAGGUAGAUGCCUAAUGGUGUUCAUUAAUGAUCAUACGAUUGGACGAAUUACACUGCAUCGCUUGCGGAUAUCAGGACAAACCUAAUAUCUGGAGCUCUUUGGGAUGGCGUUAGAAGAUAUAUUCAUAUCUAGGAAGGGAAGUCAAUGCUUGCAUGCUGUUGGAUUAUGGAAUUAUAAG